AGAGAGCAGUUAUAAAAAGGCUGACUGAGCAGAGAGUGGAGGGGAAUUACAAGGUGCAGGCAAACAGCAGCACCAGACCAGACCGAGUAUCUGCUUGACUCACCACAACCUGCUCUGCACCAUGGGGAAGGCUGGGCUGCUCCGCAAACCAAGUAUCUUCCUCCUUCUCCUCUUCUUCCUUCCUGGAAACAGCUCUACCACCACAGAACCGCAGUAUAUGGUGCUACUGCCCUUUCUGAUACACACCGAUUCUCCUGAGAAAGUCUGUGUUCAGCUGACCCACCUGAAUGAGUCUGUGACGCUGAGUGCCGCGCUCGAGUAUCAAGGGGAAAACAGGAGCUUGAUUGACGACUUGGUGUCAGAGAAGGAUGUAUUUACCUGCAUCCCUUUCUCUCUUCCAAAAUCCAAUAGCACAUCAGCCACUUUUCUCACUGUAACGGUGAAGGGUGUGACACUGCACUUCACGAGCCGCAAGUCGGUGCUGGUCAAGAAUUCUGAGAGCUUGGUCUUCGUCCAGACAGACAAACCCAUCUACAAGCCUGGACAGACAGUUCUAUUUCGGAUCGUCUCCCUGGACAAAGAUUUCCACCCGCUGAAUGAGAAGUUUCCAUUUGUCUAUGUUCAGGAUCCCCAGAGGAACCGUGUAUACCAGUGGCAAGAUGUGGAACUAGAGAGUGGCCUCACACAGCUCUCCUUCCCCCUCACCUCGGACCCCACUCAAGGCUCCUACAAAAUAGUUGUGCAGAAGAGCUUCUCAUCCCAUGUGGAGCACUCCUUCAGAGUAGAGGAAUAUGUGCUGCCCAAAUACGAAGUCCUGGUGAAGCUGCCCAAGAUGAUCACUCUUAAGGAAAAGGAGUUUCCAGUGUCCGUCUGUGGUCUGUACACCUAUGGGAAACCUGUUCCUGGCUUGGUCAAUGUCCAAGUGUGCCGGAAAUUUUCCCGUUCUGCUUCAAAUUGUUAUGGAAAAGAAGCAGAAGCUGUGUGUGAAGAAUUCACUGGACAGGCAGAUGCUCGUGGGUGUGUUUCUACUGUAGUAAGAACCAAGAUAUUUCAACUCCAACGCCGGGGAUAUGAGAUGAGCAUUGAGGUACAAGGCAAGAUCACAGAAGAUGGCACAGGAAUAGAGAUGACUGGAACAGGCUCCUGUGGAAUCACAUCCAUCAUGAGCAAAAUCAGCUUUGACCUUCUGGACUCUCAGUACAGACCAGGGAUCCCAAUCUUUGGGAGGGUGAAGCUGGUAGAUGGAACUGACACUCCAGUUGCCAAUGAAACCAUCACGAUUUCUGUGGAUGGAGACAGGUACAAAGGGAAUUACACUACAGAUGAGCAGGGACAAUCCUGGUUUUCCAUAGACACUACCACCUUCACACAAGCCUCCCUGGAAAUCCGAGCUGAUCAUAAACCUGAACUGAACUGUUAUGACAGCGACUGGAUCACACCUUCAUAUGAGCAUGCCAUGCGUAGAAUAAGUCGGUUUUACUCUCCCAGUAAGAGUUUCCUCAAAAUUGAGCCAAAGCCUGAGACAUUAAGUUGUGGCUCCCCCACAGAGAUCCAGGUACACUACAUCUUCACACCAGAGGCCAUAGGAGAACAGAAGAAAAUUGUCAUUUACUAUUUGGUGAUGGCCAAAGGAGGCAUUAUAUUAGCAGAUACCUAUGAUCUGACUGUGGAUCCUGGAGAUGUUUAUGGGACAUUUCAGUUGACCUUCCCUGUUGAGGCAGCAGUUGCUCCCAUGGCACGGAUGCUUGUGUACACCAUUUCACCCAGUGGGGAAGUCAUUGCCAGUUCAGGAGAUUUCCAGGUUGAAAGCUGCCUCCCCAAUAAAGUCAGAUUGAGUUUUGAACCCAAGGAAGGUCUUCCUGCCUCCAACACACGCCUGCAAAUCCGUACUUCACCAAGGUCCCUGUGUGCCCUCCGUGCUGUGGACAAGAGUGUUCUCCUUAUGAAGCCUGAAGAUGAGCUCUCUCCCAGCUCUGUGUAUGAUCUUCUCCCAGUGAAAGAAAUCCACGGUUACAGCUUCAAGGACUACUACCUGGAAGAAGACAACAUAAACCCUUGCGUGUCACUUGACAACAUAUUAUUAAAUGGAUUUGUCUACAUACCCCUUUCUCCUGACGGUGAAGGUGAUGCCUAUGACAUUCUCAAAGAAUUGGGCUUAAAAGUCUUCACUAGCAGCAAGAUCCAUAAGCCUGAAAUCUGCCAGCAUUACCCAGGACACAUGAUGGAAAGGAGUUACAGUGUGACUGCAUUGAAUCUGCUUGAAGAUUUGGACUAUGAAGUAGCAGAACAUAUGGUUGCUGGCAAUCCUGUGGAGACUGUCCGGAAGUACUUCCCAGAGACAUGGAUCUGGGACAUAGUUCCAGUGAACUCUGAGGGAAGCGCUGGUCUAGAUGUGACCAUCCCUGACACCAUCACCGAGUGGAAAGCCAACGCGUUCUGCACUUCAGCAGACACGGGCUUUGGCCUGUCCCCGACAGUGACCUUCAGAGCCUUCCAGCCCUUCUUUGUAGAGCUCACCAUGCCCUACUCUGUGGUGCGUGGCGAGUCCUUCACGCUGAAAGCCACCGUUUUCAACUACUUGACCACCUGCAUCAGGGUCAGUGUGUCUCUGGAUGAAUCUACUCAUUUUAUGGCUACACCAGUGGAGAAGCAGGAAGAAUCCUACUGCAUCUGCAUGAAUGAAAGGAAAACUGUGGCUUGGGCAGUGACACCAAGAUCUCUAGGGCAGGUGGAGUUCUUGGUGAGCACUGAGGCCCUGCAGAAUAAGCAGCCCUGUGGGAACCCCGUCGUGGAGACUCCUGAGAAAGGGAGGAAGGACACGGUCAUCAGACAGCUGCUGGUGGAGCCGGAAGGGACUGAAGUGGAAACUACCUACAACUCUGUGUUGUGUGCUUCUGAAAAGUCAGUGUCAGAGCCAGUCUCCCUGGUUCUCCCCGAGACUGUGGUGGAUGGCUCAGCCAGAGCGUAUUUCUCAGUAUUAGGUGACAUCAUGGGCACUGCCAUGCAGAACCUCCACCAGCUCCUCCAGAUGCCGUUUGGCUGUGGGGAGCAGAACAUGGUCCUGUUUGCACCCAACAUCUAUGUGCUGGACUAUCUGAACAAGACAGGGCAGCUGAGUGAGGAGGUCAAAUCCAAGGCCAUCGGAUACCUAGUGAGCGGGUAUCAAAGGCAACUGAAGUACAAACACUGGGAUGGUUCUUAUAGCACGUUUGGGCCCCGUUACGGGCAAGUGGGGAAUACAUGGCUCACAGCCUUUGUCCUCAAGUCCUUUGCCCAGGCCCGGCCUCAUAUCUUCAUAGAUGAGAAGCACAUCCAGGAUGCUUUGGUCUGGCUCAGUCAAAAGCAGAAGGAGAACGGCUGUUUCCGCAGUUCUGGCACACUCCUGAACAAUGCUGUGAAGGGUGGAGUGAAUGAUGAGAUCACGCUGACAGCCUACAUCACUAUUGCAUUGCUGGAGAUUCCUCUGCCUGUAACU